AUGGAUAUGUUGAAUUGGGAGCAGAAAUAUUUGCUAAGCGAGUUGACUCAUGGACUAAAGGCGGCAAAGCAGCUCCAAGCUCAGCUCGGAACAGCUCCUCCUCCGCCGCCGCCGUCGUCAUCAUCUUCUUCUUCAGGUAUGAGGACGGAGAUGAAGGAGACUCUCUUACAUCAGGUCGUUUCUUCAUACGAGAAAGCAAUUUGGAUGCUAAACGGAUCCACCACACUACAAAGUCCGACGACUGAGACGGUGGAGGUUGCGGCGGUUGCGGCGGUUCCGGUAGCAAAUACCGGUAAAGUUCCGGAAUCUCCAAAGUCGAUUAACGGAAGUCCAAGAAGCGAAGAGUUUCUUGAUGGGGGAUCCAAAGAUUACAACUUAGGUUCUAAAAAGAGGAGUUAUUACAGAUGCACAUUUCGCAACACGCAGAAUUGUUGGGCGACAAAACAGGUUCAGAGAUCGGACGGUGAUCCAACGAUCUUCGACGUGACGUACAAAGGAACACACACUUGCUCACAGGGGAUCCCACCUCCGGAGAAGCGAGAAACUAAACCCAACCCCAGAGUAGUAAACUACGGAAAUGACCUCGACAAUCUCAGGACCAAUCUUACGGUAUGUACCAACGGUAUUGAAGGCGACGCUUUCUCAUUCCCCAUUACGUCGCCGUUUUACUCUUACGGCUCGAUCAACGGAGAUUUCGGCACCGGUGGUGGAACCUUUUGCCACGUGGGUAGUUCUUCUCCGUCUGAUUUCACGGGAUUGAUCUCCAAUAACACCUCUACAGGAAGUUCCCCGAUUUUCAACGUGGAAUUUCAGUUUGAUCCAACGGCCGAGAUCGACACGGGUUUCCACACGUUCUUACACGAUUCGAUUUAA